CGGCCGGGUCCGGGCCGUGGCCGCGAUCCCGCGGAGCCCGCCGAGCAGGUUGCUUCCAGCUAUGUAACGUCUUCCGGUCCCAUGACAUGGAAAUUGACCAGUGUUUGUUGGAGUCCCUGCCCCUGGGCCAGAGGCAGCGUCUGGUGAAGCGCAUGCGUGGCGAGCAAAUCAAGGCCUACUACGAGCGCGAGAAGGCCUUUCAGAAGCAGGAAGGGCUCCUGAGGAGACUGAGGCCCGGGAGGAGCCAGAAGGUCCGCUUCCACCUGGCUGAUGUGAUACAGGAUGCUGUCAUCCACCACAACGACAAGGAAGUGCUCCGGCUGCUGAAGGAGGGUGCGGACCCGCAUGCUCUGGGCUCUUCAGGAGGCUCGCUACUCCACCUGUGUGCUCGUUACGACAACGCCUUCGUCGCAGAGAUCCUGAUUGACAGAGGGGUGGACGUCAACCACCAGGAUGAGGACUUUUGGACGCCAAUGCACAUCGCCUGUGCGUGCGACAACCCGGAUAUCGUGCUGCUACUUUUAUUGGCUGGGGCCAAUGUCUUUCUCCAGGACGUCAACGGAAAUAUCCCCCUAGAUUACGCCCUCGAAGGGACAGAAUCCAGCUCUAUCCUGUUGACCUAUCUGGAUGAUAACGGGGUAGACCUGACUUCGCUACGCCAGAUGAAGCUUCAGAGACCAAUGAGCAUGUUAACGGAUGUCAAACACUUCUUAUCAUCAGGAGGAAAUGUGAAUGAGAAAAAUAAUGAGGGAGUGACACUGCUCCACAUGGCCUGCGCCGGCGGCUACGAGGAGGUGGCGUCUCUUAUCUUGGAACACGGUGGCGACCUCGACACAGCGGACGAUCAGUACUGGACCCCUUUACACCUGGCAGCCAAGUACGGCCAGACACACCUGGUGAAACUCCUCUUGCUGCAUCAGGCCAACCCCUGCCUCGUGAACUGUAAUGAAGAGAAGCCCUCAGAUAUCGCUGCCUCUGAGUUUAUUGAGAAGAUGCUUCUGAAAGCUGAAAUGGCCUGGGAAGGGAAAAUGCAAGAAGCGCUCCCUGAGGGACCUCUGUCCACCCCUAUCUUCACACAAGAGGAGGCAUGGGAGGAGGGAGGGCAUGAUCUUCCAGCCCUCUCUAGCAAGCUCAGUCCCCUGGUGCUACCAAUCGCCAAGCAAGACAGCUUGUUGGAAAAAGACACUAUGUUCAGAGACGCCACCCAAGGCGUGUGCAAGCAGACUCAGGACGGCAGCCCGGAGCACUCGGGCUUGAGCGGCUCCAGCAGACCCGAGCAGGUGCAGCUCAUGCCCCCCGCGCCCAACGAUGACCUCGCCACCCUGAGCGAGCUGGACGACCGCAGCCUGCUCUACGAAAUCCAGAAGCGCUUCGGGAACCACCAGGUCUACACUUUUGUUGGAGAUGUGCUCUUGCUUGUGAACCCAUUCAAGGAGCUCCCGAUUUAUUCUACCAUGGUCUCGCAGCUGUACCUGAGCCCCACGGGGACGCCGAGCCCCUCGCUGCCCCCCCACCUCUUCUCCUGCGCGGAGCGGGCCUUCCACCGUCUCUUCCGGGAGCAGCGGCCCCAGAGCUUCAUCCUCAACGGCGAGCGGGGGUCCGGGAAGUCGGAGGCCUGCAAGCAGAUCGUGAGGCACCUGACCUGCAGGACGGGCACCAGCCGGGCCUUGUUCCACGCCAGGUUCAAGCACGCCAUGCACAUCUUAGAAGCCUUUGGAAACGCCAAGACAACGCUUAAUGAUCAGUCCAGCUGCUUCGUCAAGUACUGGGAAGUGCAGUUCUGUGAGCGGAAUCAGCACGUGACUGGAGCCAGAAUUCAUACCUACAUGCUAGAGAAGUCCAGGCUUGUGUCCCAGCCGGCUGGCCAGAGCAAUUUCCUGAUUUUCUACUGGUUGUUGGAUGGGCUAUCCGCUGAAGAAAAAUACAGACUUCACCUGAAUAAGUUGUCUUCCCACCGGUAUCUGAACCAGACCUUGGGGGAAGAGGUGUCCACCUCAAAGCAUGCUCUGAACAGGGAGAAACUCACGCUUUUGAAGCAAGCUCUGAAUGCGAUCGGCUUCAGCAUCGUGGAGGUGGAGAACCUGUUCACGAUCCUAGCCGCAGUGUUACACCUGGGAGACAUCCAGUUCACCGCCCUGACCACCGACACGGACGCAGCCUUUGUUUCUGACCUCCAGCUCCUAGAGCAAGUGGCCGCGAUGUUGCAAGUAUCGACAGAUGAGCUGGCGUCGGCCUUGACAACCGAGGUUCAGUAUUUUAAAGGAGACUUGAUCACACGGCGGCACUCCACGGCAAAGGCCGAGUUUCACCGCGAUCUCCUGGCCCAGGCCCUGUACAGUCGUUUGUUCGGCUUUCUGGUGAACAGCAUGAAUUGCUGCCUGCAGGGUCCAGAGGAGCACAGCAGCACGCGCACGCUGGAUAUUGGAAUCCUGGAUAUCUUUGGCUUUGAAGAGUUUCAGAAGAAUGAAUUUGAACAACUUUGUGUCAACAUGACCAACGAGAAGAUGCACCAUUAUAUCAAUGAAGUGCUUUUCCUACAAGAGCAAACAGAGUGUGUACAAGAGGGGGUUACCAUGGAAACGGCAUAUUCUCUUGGUAACCAGGCUGGAGUUCUGGAUUUCUUUUUCCAGAAGCCGUCUGGCUUCCUCGCUGUAUUGGAUGAAGAAAGUCAAAUGGUCGGGUCAGUGGAAUCCAACCUUCAGAAGAAGCUUCACAGCCUCCUGGAGUCGUCGAACACGAAUGCAGUCUACUCCCCUGUGAAGGACGGCAACGGGAACGUGGCCCUUCGAGGGCUCGGCACGGCCUUCACCGUCAUGCACUAUGCGGGACGGGUAAUGUACGACAUUGCUGGAGCGAUUGAGAAAAAUAAAGAUUCCCUUUCACAGAAUCUUCUAUUUGUAAUGAAAACUAGUGAAAAUGUCGUGAUCAAGCAUUUGUUCCAGUCAAAACUGUCACCCGCCGGAGCCCUCCUCGCUUCCUACCCUUCCUUAAAAUUCCGAGGACACAAGUCCGGCCUGCUCAGCAGGAAAAUCACAGCUGCUUCCGUGAUUGGAGAGAACAGGAACUAUCUAGAGCUCAGUAAGUUAUUAAAAAAGAAAGGAACUUCUACAUUCCUCCAAAGACUAGAACGACGAGACCCAGUGACCAGGUCAUCGCAGCUCAGGAAGUCUCUGGCCGAGAUCACGGGGAAGCUGCGGCAGAGCAGCCCGCACGUUGUCCACUGCAUCAAGCCCAACAGCUCCCGGCUUCCGGACACCUUUGACCCCUUCUACGUCUCUGCCCAGCUGCAGUACGUCGGGGUGCUGGAGGUGGUGAAGGUCUUCCGCCACGGCUUCCCUGCCCGCCUGUCCUUCUCCGACUUCCUGGCCAGGUUCGAGCCCUUGGCUGCCGCGCUCCUGGGCAAGACGCGGGAUCUGUGUGCGGAGGAGCGAUGCCGGCUCGUUCUCCACCGCUGUGAAUUGCAAGGCUGGCAGAUGGGCGUGCACAAAGUGUUCCUGAAGUCCUGGCACAUGGACCAGCUCAGUGACCUGUGUCUCCAGCUGCAGCAGAGGGUCGUGACCUGCCAGAAAGUUAUAAGGGGUUUUCUAGCACGCCGGCAUGUGCUUCAGAAAAUGAGUGCUAAGCAGCAAGAGGUCAAGUCCAUUGAGAGCUUUCUGGAGGACACAGAGGACAUGGCACUAAGAACCUACGACGCCCUGGUCAUCCAGAACGCUUCCGACAUCGCCCGGGAAAACGACCGGCUGCGGAAGGAAGUGCACGCCCCCCACCACAGAGAGAAGGGCGAGGCCAGGAGCAAGCAAGAAGAGGCGGUGAAAAGAGCCGAAGAGCAGAGCGGGUGCCGACACCUCCAGCCCAGCUCCGCGCCCAUGCCGUCGGCAGUGGAGAGCCUGGCCCCGGCUCCGGCUCCACCAUCUCUCCGGUCUCCAUCCCUGCACUCCGUGUUGAGCAUGGAGGAGGGCAGUGGCCUCCCGUCGCCGCGGAAGCAGCCCCCUCCCAAGCCAAAGAGAGACCCCAACACGCGGCUGAGCGCCUCCUACGAGGCGGUGAGCGCCUGCCUCUGCACCAGCAGCGAAGCCCUGACGCGCCGCAGACCCCACAGUGACGACUACAGCACGGUGAAGAAGAUCCCCCCACGGAAGCCCAAGAGGAGCCCGCACACCAAGCUCAGCGGCUCCCACGAGGACAUCUGGGGGCCGCGGGGGCCGGGGGCGGGCGCGCCGGGCAGCGCGCGCGGGGGGCCGCCGCCGCCUCCUCCCCCGUGCGCCCCGUGGGCCCCGCGGCCGCUGCGCCCCGAAGGCGGCGACCAGGACGACGACGGGGAGGCGGAGCCCGUGUACAUCGAGAUGGUGGGCCACCUGGCCGGCGGCGUCGGGGGGCCGGGCAGCCCCGAGCACGAGGCGGUGUACGAGGAGAUGAAGUUCUUCCCGCCCGAGGACGCCGGCGGCCCCGGCCCCCACGCGCCCUGCCCGGCCGCGCCGUCGCCGCCCCCACCCCCGGCGGCCAGCGAGCUCCCCCCGGACGCGUGCGGCAUCCCCGCGCCCUUCCCCAACCUGCUGCCCCACCGGCCGCCCCUGCUGGUCUUCCCGCCCGGCCCCCCCGCCGCCGGCUGCUCCCCGGCCUCCGACGAGUCCCCGCUCACCCCCCUGGAGGUGAAGCGCCUGCCCGUGCUGGACACCAACCUCAAGUACCCGGUGCCGCCCGACGGCGCCAGCCCCGGCUCCCCGCAGGGCGCCCGCGCGCAGCCCGACGGGGGGGACGGGACCGCGCCCCCCGCGCCCCCCGCCACGCCGCCCCCCGCGCCCCCCGCGCCCGCCUGGCUGCCCUCGCACUUCCCCUUCCCCCCGGACCCCCCCCACCACGCCAGGCCCGCCCCGCCCCAGGCGCCCCCCAAGCCCGGCCCCGCCCCGCCGCCGCCGCCGCCGGGGGGAGGCGCGCGGUCCCCCGCCCGGGCCCCCCGGACGACGCCCCCCGCUGCCGCCGCCUCGCCCCCCGCGGCGGCGCCCCGCAGCCCCCCGCCGCGGGCCCGGCCGCCCGCCAGCCCCCUGGACGAGCUGGCCAGCCUCUUCCACUCGGGCCGCAGCGUGCUCCGCAGGUCGGCCGCAGGACGCAGGAUCCGGGAGGCCGAAGGUUUUGAAACUAACAUGAACCUAACUAGCCGGAAUGAUCCUUCAACAUCAGAGAUUGCUUCAGAGACUCAAGACAGAAAUGCGAAUACCAGUGGAAUUCCAUUAUCUAAUUCACUCUCCGGCGCUGUGACUGCUGAGAAUGGGAAUUCUGUCUCUAACGGUCUGCGUGAAGAGGACGGGUUCCCGCAGGGCUGCGGGGGCGGGACCGCGGCCUCGUCGUUCCAGAGGCACCGGGAGAGCCACACCACCCAGGUAAUCCAUCACCUGAGGCUCUCAGAGAAUGAAAGUGUGGCCCUGCAGGAACUCCUGGACUGGAGACGGAAGCUCUGCGAGGAACAGGAAGACUGGCAGCGUGUCCUACAGCACACGGAGCCCCGCACACCCCCACCACCUCCCUGCAGGAAGCCCACACUCCUGAAGAAGCCUGAGACAGCCUCCUGCAGCAGGCUGCCCUCCGAGCUCUGGGACAGCACCAUCUGACAUGGCUUGGAGAUGGACACACAGCACAACUGCCUGGUGGCUGCAGGCCACAUCAAUCUCUCCAUGCAUUUACACUAAAGCACAGAUCUCUCGUGUGCGUGCGUGCGUGCGUGCGUGUGCGUGCACUUGUCCA